GGCUAUACACUUUACGCGCCCUCAUCCCCUCUUUGGGUUUGGGAUGCGGUUCAGAUGUUGGGGGAUCUGGGACGGGGGGUCUUAAAUUACAUUUGCCGUCGUUUGCGGGUAAAUCUCCGGUCUCCUCCGAUCCGCGGACAGGACAAACAGCCUCAUCGGCUGGUCGCGCUGCACCGUCUGCGCAUUGAAACUGAGCCAUCCCGCUCCUCCCUCCCUCUGCCCAACCGUCUCUCGCAGGCGCGCGAGGCUAUUGAUAGUUGACAGAAGCCUCGUAAUCCCUGGCUGAUCUGGCUGACCGGCCACAGCCAUUUGCGAAAACAGGAAUGUUGAUUGAACUUUAUUUUGCUUCGAGAUUUGUUUUAAUUGGUAACGCCCGCGUAGAUUGACGCCGUGCAGGAGGGGAGCGGGGGGGGGGGGCUUCUUUCGGCGCUGCACGCAACCAGGCGAGCAGAGGCAAGCUUUUAUUGCUGAAUUAUUUAUAAGACUGUCUGGGACUUGGAGAGAGAAAUGCUUCUCUUGAGAGGGAGUCAAGAUAUAUUCCUAGACUCUUUUUAAUCGGGAUUUCUCCCCAUUUCCACUUAAAUGUCCACUUUUUUAUUUUAAUUUGACAAAUUCAAAUUAUAGACUAGGUUGAUUAUAAGGCCGUGCGUUUCUUUUUGUUUUGGCAAAUAAAUCUAAUUAAGUGCUGACAGGAUUAGGCGAAAAUCCAAUUAGCAGACCAUCAGAAAAUGACUAAAUCAAGCUGUUCAGUCAUGACUCGCGUAUAUGAAGUAAUACGCAUAAACUCUCGAUAGUCUGAUUUUAGCUUUUCAAAUGGUAGACUGAUCUAAUUUCUCUUACUCAGCCAAUAUCACUGCAAAUUAAAUAUCUUUUGAGUUUUGGACUGUUACAUAAUAAGCGCUCUUGACUUGUAAUGUUGCAUUUGUCACAAUUUUCUGACAGAUUACAGCCUCGAUUUAACGAUUGAUAAGGAUUAAUCUGAAAUAAAUGUAUAUUGACAGGUUAAUUGAUGGCGAAAAUAAUCAAUAUAGUCCCAAAUGUAAUUAGAUUAGACGCACUAGUGAGUAACAGCCUUUUCUACAGCUCUAUUGUCUAUAGAUCUGCGGUUGUUUAUUUCACUGCCACUCCUCUGCUCGUCUCUAAUGCUUCCUCUGGAAAAACAAACAAACAAACGAAUAAACAAUUAAAUAGACGCAUUUGCCCAGCUAUAUUUCUGCCUUUUCGCAGCCCUACUCCACCGGAAUGAAUCAACUCAGUCCGCACCUGCGCACUCGCAGCAACAGCCGUCUCUAGGGAAUCUCGCCCCUUUCUCUUGUCUCGUGCGAGAGCGGAGAAACCAGCAGGCGGCUCGCGCUCGCUUCUCGUGUUUGUGAAGGCGCGAGCAGUCCGACUUCUCCUCGUUGCGGCUGGACGGGUGACAGCUCAGCUCGGCUCUCUCAUUUUGUCGGAUUUUCGCCUCUUUUGGAUUUCUAAUGUUUUGGUUGCAGUGACGGAAUAUCGACAACUUAUUGCUAACACCGUACCGAACCCUGCCCGCUCUGACAUCGUGACUCCAGACAGACGCGCGCCGGCUGACAGACGCUGAAUUUGAAGUGGGCAGAUAGACAGAUUGGAGGAAAGAGGGGAGAAGCACAACCUCUCGUAGAGCGGUGGCCAGAGUGACAGAGGAGCACAUGAGGAGCGUAAACGGCGUGACAGCAACAUCCUGACCGGUAACCCCCCGCACCCCACCCCCCCACCACGAGCACAGAAACUCCAGAAGAGGGGCGUCAGAAGGAAGGAACCGUGCGACCACCCCUCCUGCAGGCAUGAGGUCCUUCCGUUCCUUUAGUAACGAUGACCGCCACGUCAUGGCAAAGCACUCCACCAUCUACCCCUCCUCUCAGGAGCUGGAAGCCGUUCAGACGCUGGUGUCCACCGUCGAGUGCGCCCUCAAACACGUCUCUGAUUGGCUGGAUCAGACCAGCAGCAGUGUCCCCAGCCAGGUCGACGGCCGACCAGCAGACAGUACAGAGGAGGACGAAACUGGCAAUGAGCCCAGCAAUGAAACUGAGGGUUCCACUGACAGCUCCAGAGAGCCCAGCAGCGGCGGCGUGCUGUGUGGAGUGAUGAGGAUCGGUCUCGUAGCCAAAGGCCUCCUGAUCAAAGGCGACAUGGACCUGGAGCUGGUGCUGAUGUGCAGAGACAAACCCACACAGACACUGCUGGACACUGUCUGUCACCAUUUGCCCACACAGAUAGAGAAGCUGACAGAAGAGAAAUAUGAGGUCACAAGCUCCUUGCCCGAGGCGGCCAUCUUGGUACGAACUACGACAGACCCUAAACUCGCGCUGACGAUCACCCUCACCUCGCCGACUAUGAGGGAAGACGAGGAGGAAGAGGAGGAGGAAGAAGAAGAGGAGUUGGAGAAUGGGGAGGAAAGACAAGAGGAAGAGGAGGAGGAGGUGGAGGAGGAGGAGGUGGAGGAGGAGCAGGAAGUGGAUGGUGAAAAGGAGGAGCAGGAGAAGCAGAAUGGGCGAGUGUUGGGUGCUGCUGCGCAGACAGUGGAGGCUGAGGAGGAGGAGGGGGAGGUGCUGGAUAGACACAGAUGUCUGUUGGCCCUGGCAGCGCUGCGACACGCCAAGUGGUUCCAGGCUCGAGUGAACGGGCUCAAGUCCUGCGUUAUCGUUCUCAGGAUACUCAGAGACAUGUGCAAUAGACACCCCGUCUGGGAACCUGUCAAGGGAUGGCCCUUAGAGCUCAUCUGCGAGAAGGCAAUAGCCACCUGCAACAGACCCCUCGGGGCUGGAGAAGCCCUGCGUCGAGUCAUGGAGUGUCUGGCCUCAGGAAUACUGCUACCAGGUGGUCCAGGUUUACACGACCCAUGUGAGAAAGAGUCAACAAACACACUAGCCAACAUGACCGACCAGCAGGCUGAGGCCAUUACCUACCGUGCACAGCAUGCUCUCAGACUCAUGGCGUUCGGGCAGAUCUACAAGGUGUUGGAGAUGGAGCCUCUUCCCUCAAAUAAGCCAUCGCAGAGAUAUCCUUGGUCUGAUAAAGAAGGCUUAGGUCUGAAGAGGCCAUACGAGGAUGGAACAAUGGAUGACAAGGAUCUCAUCAAGAAGAUGAAGAGGAAUCUGAGGAAAGUCCUGGACAGUAAAGCCAUAGACUCCAACCAGCCAAUGAACGCCCUGAUGCGGUUGAACCAGAUCCGGCCGGGGCUGCAGUAUCGCCUGCUGUCCCAGUCGGGCCCGGUUCACGCUCCGGUCUUCACCAUGUCGGUGGAUCUGGAUGGAACCAUUUAUGAAGCAUCUGGAUCCUCCAAGAAGACCGCCAAGCUCCACGUCGCUGUUAAGGUUCUCCAGGCGAUGGGCUACCCGACAGGUUUUGACUCAGACCUGGACCCCAUGAGUUCGGACGAGAAGUCGGACGGUGAGGGGAAGAGCGAGACGUCGUCACACACAAGCAAUAACCCAGCACACUCCACGGACAGUUCCAACACAAUGGAGGUGCGAACUCAGGGUCCCAUACUGACGGCAAGUGGGAAGAACCCCGUCAUGGAACUAAACGAAAAGAGGCGAGGCCUCAAAUAUGAACUCAUCUCUGAAAGUGGAGGCAGCCACGACAAACGCUUUGUUAUGGAGGUGGAGGUCGAUGGACAGAAGUUUCGUGGGGCAGGCCCCAACAAAAAAGUAGCAAAGGCCAGUGCUGCUCUGGCAGCUCUGGAGAAGCUCUUCUCUGGUCCCAACGCAGCUGCAAACAAAAAAAAGAAGAUAUUGCCUCAGUGUGUCCGUAUCCAGACUAAAGGAGCGCUGGCCGCGGCGGCAGCAGCAGCCUCAGCAGUAGCAGCUCAGGUAGCCAGAGGAAGAGGAAGAGCAGCCCUCGCAAGAGGACCCUUCGUCAGUGCAGCCGCACCUGGAUACGUCACGCAAGGCUUUGGGACACCGUAUGGCUACAGCCCUGCUGCAGCAGCUGCUCCUGCAUAUGGUGGUCUUUUCAUUGACAAUCCCUUUUACCAGCCGCGGACCCUCGCUCCUUUUAUCAUUCAUCUGGGUCCCCAAGAUCUCUUCUCUGACUUCUAGGGGCCGCAGGUUGUUGGAUACUCUCUUCACCUUGUCUGUAUACGCGGGACACCUGCUUUUUCUGUCCGUCCAAGCGGGCUGCCUCUCUAUCCAGGUGACGGACUCGUCGAUCCAAAACUGUUUCCGUUCGAUCAGUCCGCUGGGGGGGAUGAAAAAAAAGAACGUUCUGCCCGACAGCAGCGACAGAUCUCAACUACUAACCGAGAGGCUCAUAGCUCCUGUCUUUGUUUUUCCCUCUACUCUCCACCCAGAUUAUCACUUCAGAGGAGAGAAACCACACGAAGCAAUACUCGGAUUUUACGAGAAACGUUCAGCUGCGACUGUGCGAGGCUGGGCUGGAUUUCUUUCUUAUAGCAAUACACCAGAACUCCUCCCUAUCAGCUUACUUACUUGAGAAGAAGUGAAUGUCCGACGGAGUUUUACCCAACACAGCAUUGCAAUAGCUCAUUCUGAUUGUAUAUUCAUCGUGUGUGUGUGUACGUGUGGCUAUAACAUGACUAUAUACACAUCUAUGUAUGGUGUAUGUUUCUAUAACGAUGUGUUGACAAUAACAUUACUAUAUGACAAUGUAUUUAUGUAAAUAUUCUAUAAAAUAUAACUAUUGUUGGUAUAAAAUAUUUUAGAAUUAUAAAGUGAAAUGUAACUGUAAUAUCACAGUAUAGCUUUCUUCCAAUUUUAUAUACACUGAGCAAUUGAAGCUAGUUCUAGGAGAUGCAAUAUUAUCUUUGGUAUUCAUAUUAACCGUUGCUGUUAGAAUGAUAACGCUUCCUUCUUUCUUUCCUCCUCUGUUCAAACUUUUCCUCUAUCUUUGUAUGUCUUUCUGAGCACGCGCUCUGCUGCCCGAGGUUUGUUUACGUGACCUGAACCAGAGGCGCUCGCUACUGAACACACUCAUAACCCAAUCACACCUGUGCACACACUCACACACACACACUUUUCCAGUCAGAAAGCACAUUUUCUAUAGUCUCACUGCUGGCAGGGAAUACUGUUGUUACAAAUACAGUACUGUAUGUGUAUAGUAUAUAUGUGUAUACUCUGAUGUACGCGCUCCUCCAUCUGCCAUUAACACAUGUUGGCGGACUCGCCCAUCAACACACUCGGAACAAUCGUCAGCUCUGUCCCGCAUCGCCUUAGGGACCAAAAGCACAGCUCACUCACACGCAUCACUGUUCCUUCUUUCUGCAAACACACACAUUCAAACGCACACACACACACACACACACACACACACACACACACACACACAUCCCUCCAGUCUUCUAUGGCGCUACUCUACCGUACGGACAAGAUGCUGCUGGUGGAAGAUAGAGCUUUGUCAAAGGGCCUUCUCAAUCAAUGGGAUAGACACAGCACAGACUACUGGCUAACUAAUUAAAAGUAUAGCCCGCAAAAAUCUUCAAAAGUGGGACUUUGAAAUGGAGUGGUUGGUGAUGACACCUGGCUGCCCUUUGCCAGUCACAAGCUAUGAAAUGUGAGAAAAAGAAACCUAGCCGAAGCUGAGGUGGAUUAAGGAAUCUUCAACUAGGGAUGCACCGAUCAAACAUGCCUUUUCAGUAUCGACCACAGCAAUCUCUGGCCUCGUGUUACAGUGCAUUCAAACCAUUCCAAUAAGUUCCACACAGUGAGCUUUACAGAUUUUACAUUUAGACAAAAGUCUUGUAUUGCUUUUUGGAGAGAGAAAGUUGUAUUGGUGCAUGCCUUGCUCCCGCCACUGUUUCAGACACUUCUGCAAAACCCCUCCGUAAGGCUGAGUGUGCUCUUGAUGGAGCCGUGAUGCUGAACUCUCGCACAUUUGAAGGAAGCAAAAUUAGCUUUUGAGGUCAAACGGUAUAUUGACUUUGUAUUUUGAGACCGAAAUCUGUCUCUUUCGAAGAUUUGAAGCAUCCUCGUGCAGUUAGUGUUCCUGCAUUUUAAGGCACUGCUGCACUAGCUAGUCACAAGGUUGUUGAACUCUCAUGGAGAGAUAUGAAGGAGAAGGAGUUUGGUUGGUUAUCAUUUUUAGUCUCAAAUUACAUGCAUAUUUCACUUGGUAGUAGUUCACCGUGUAGUCCUAGUGUCCUAGCUGCUUAUUGCACGCAUUAUUUACGCACGUAGUAAUUGGACUGAGAGAUGAGAUAUUCCAUUAAACUCUUAAGGGCUUUAAUACGUUGGGUCUUAUUUUGGGGUAUUGUUGGAACCAAACAGGCGUCGCAACACUGUUCACACUAGCAGUCGCAGCAUAUGCACAGUACUCACUCAGCACCGUGUGGGAUUUCUGCAGUUCUCUGUGGUGCGUACAUGCUUCUGAAAGCUCUUCAUCGGUUAUUUAUUUUUAUUUUUAGCCUUUAAUCGAGACGAGGUGUCAGUCAGUGGGGGCAGAAUCAAACAGAAUGUGCUUCAAAGGGCUUUCCCCCCCCCCCCCCCUCACAGCUGCAUUGAUCUGGGCACCAGUUUGAUCUCACGUGUUUGUGUCUGCUUUGAUUCAACAAAAACAACAUCUGAGAAUUAGACUCACUCGGGCCCCUAAGCCUAUUUUUCAAGAGAAAAAGUAAAAUUGCAGUUCGAUCUAACGACACCCCUGAGCCGGCAGCAACGACAAUUCUGCAGCUUUUCUGUCGAUGGAAUAAAGUUGUGCAGUCGGAAAUUGGAGGUAAAGGGAAGGAUAUCCUGUUCUUCCUCCAGUUGAGCCAUUUGUGUUUGAACAGCUGGUUCCUCAACUGAAACAACUGGACUCAUCCACACAGUGUGUUUGUGUUAUUGCAGCAGCCACUGUACUCCCGAUUGAGAAAUUUGUUUAGCUAUUCCAAGCAUUUUCCCAUCAAUUCACAGAGCACCUCCGGUCGUCUCAUCUCAUCCCAGAGAGGCACUGCUUUGACAUUCUGCUGUGAGAUUCACGUGGAGGUGAAUAACUUGGAGACGGACCUUCUCUAUCAGCUAGGAAGUCAUCAUAAUUUCCCCUCUGCCCUCGCUCCGUCUUUCUCUCUCUUCCUCUGUCCAGAUGGCCCACAUUAAUAAGGCAGACAGUCAUACCUCAGUGCGCAACCAUUUCAUUUCCCCUCAGACUGAACAGACACACAGGAGGAGUCACCCUGACUACUGACCCUGUCCUCUUGGUCUGUUGGCUGGACGGUCACGUUCAGAUGAGAGCUCAGGGAGACAUAGUCGGUCUCAAACCCCCGGCACAGACGGUCUGGUAGGACUGUGGAGGUUUGGGAGUUGUUGUCUUCUCGUUAGGCAGGUCCUGCAUGUGUGUGUUUCCUUGUUAGGCUUUACAAUGAAAUGUUUAGGAAAAUAGCAUUCUACCGCUUUUUACCAUUACCUGAAAGUCCCUCCCAGUUUAAUGAAAAAUAUAUACUCAAACUAUCCGUAUGCUUUGUGGUGUAAUCGGGAUUAUCGCAGGAAAAAAAAGAAAAAGCAAGUCAAUAUUUUUGUUCUUUAAAAGUAUAUAUUUAGUGAUGAUUUAGAGAAAGCAUGACGAACAAAGAGGAGAAGGAAAGUAAAGCUGCUCCUUUCAUAAACCAUAUUUAAAAAAGCUUUAUUCGGCAGAUAGUUUCCAGCUGUGGUUCCCAUAUUGCACCAACAGGAAGAUGACAAUACCAGCCGUACUCCACUAUGAAAUGUCUCAAUAGAAAACAGUACUCUUCACCUGAAGACGAAUGCUCUAGGUAGCCCCGUUUGAAGGCUUGGACUGUCAUCACUUAUGUAGAACUUUCCUAGAGAGUAGUGGUUGUUUGUGCUGGACUCGGGUCCCGGUCAGUUUUCUGAUGGAUGUUCUUCCGGCUCCAGUGUUCCCUAGAAAUGUCUCUUAAGAGAUCUCUAUGAAAGAGGAAAACAGGCAGCCAUUGUAAACAUCUACACUUUCACGCACACACCGCCCCUCCGUGGGCGUUUCACAACUACACCUUCAGAUCUAAGAAGCACAAAACACACACACACAAACAACACACACACACACGCGCAUUGUUCUCAGGGCCACCUGACACACGCACACACACAAGCAUGCAAAUAGGCACACAUGUAAUCAUAAAUGUAAAUAUUCUGUAAUAUCAGCAUUCACUGUCAAUAACAGCCGAGCACAUUGAGACAGCGUGACAUUGUUUGCUUUGUGGUUUCUGUGUUACACGUAACAUUGUACUGUAUGUAGUGAGAGGUACACAGGUGGUAAGGCCUUGUUUGUCCUUUAGGAUUUGAGCCAUGCGUAGCUGAGGGAACGCAUCUCCCCCGUCUGUCAUGUUGGUGCAUUAUAGCGGGCUGUCCGUAGCGCCGUAUGUAAUGGAUUUUACUUUUGCCUUUUGGAGAAACAGCAGUUAUCUGUGAACAACUCGAGCUUUGCUGACAGGAGAGAAGAGGAAGGAAAGAGAACUUUUUUUUGGCAACCCAUGCAGGAGCUUUGCGCAUUUAGAUGCUGCAAUAUGUUCAGUACUUAAAGGGUUCUGGGUGCCGAGUUGCCAGGUAACGUCAGCGUUUUGGACUUGCUUUGGAGACUGUCGGGCCCGUUUUCCCCUAAGGCACCGCUUCAUCCCCCUGCCAGGUCAAAUGUUAAAGAGGAAAGAGAAUGACAGUUGGGAAAACGGGUUCUGGUUUGUUCUGCGGAUCGGGAUUUAUCCAAACACCAAAGACUCUGAAACCUUUGUUGCACAAAUCUAAUCAUCCCGGCAGUCUCAGAAGUGAGAAAGCAAUAGGUUUUGUGAUCUGAUAUUCACCGUCAAGACGGUUAUGAGAUAUCAGGCAAAAAGAAAAGAAAUCUCCUCCUGUGUGACAAUGAAGGAAAUCUGUGUCUCGCUCAUUCUUGCAUUGGCACAGAGAGUAAGGUCUUAAGUCUGGGGGUCCUGCUAAAUUUCUCUUGAAGCAGAAGGAAAAAGAGCUGCAGAAUGAGCCUGAAAGUUCAUCCGCGGACCGCCCUGAACUCUGCAGAGCAGCAGAAAUAGAUCCGGGAUCACGUUUCCACUGCUGAGGCAAAGCGAACCAGACUAACUGCUGAACACAUCAAUUUCUUCUGGGUGUGUGUGCAUGUGUGUUGUCGGGGUGGGGCGAGUGUGUUUGUCUGGCAAGCACAUAAACCGGAGGGUCAUGGGAAGCUAUUUCACACCCAUAUGCAUGCACACACACACACACAAACACACAAUAUGGCAGUCACAUUAAGCAUGUUGUCGCAUACUUCCUGGUCAUGGUCCACCGAUUGUUUAAGUCUAAUAUCCUCCUGAUUAACGAUCGCAGCAUUUUGGUUGGGAAUGUACUCUGUUGUUCUAGUGAUUGUAGAGUAGAAUGUAUUUACUCAUAGAAAGAGUAAACUUGCUUUUUUGUAGAGAAGCAUAUAUACAGAAUAUAUAUGGAUACAUACAUAUAUAUACAUCUAUAUAUCUUUUGAGCUACUUGUGUGUGUGUGUGUGAGAGUUGUUUUGGGCGCAUCCUCCUGUAGGAUUCAUAUUUCUUUCCCCCUGAAUUUUUAUUUAUAAUGUUCUGACAAAAGUAGUGUCUUACGAGUGAUGAGUGUUUACUUUUUCCUGUAAAUAUGAUUUAUUUUAUUUGAUUAUAUUUUUGACCAAAAAAAAAAGGGGAUUAAAAAGAAACUGUUUCACGACGCUGCCUAUGAAUCUAUGAAGUGAUUAUCUGUCCGCGGAAUCUGUUUGUGAAAUGUAACGACGGCAGGGUGGGAGUCUCACGGGUGAACAGAUCGAGGCCAAUGACAGUGAAUGAGCGCGGGGGGGGGGGGCGGGGGGGGGUCACUCGAACUCGCUGUGUUGAUCGUUUUUGAUUAGUAGUAACAUUUACAGCAGUGACAAUCUGUGGUUGUCACUGUUUUUAACAUAAUCUAUGCUUGACCAACUGAAAAUAAAUCUGAGAAAGUGCUGAAUCUCUAUAUGGGAGUAUCUGUUUUUUAAUAGUCUCUAAAAAAAACCUGAUGAACUGACCCAUUACACUACAGGGCAUGACACGAACUACAACACAUCAGCAGCAUGCACACAAGUUUGGAAGAUAAUAGCACAAUUUCUUUGACAUUGAUUGUAUGGAAGUAUUGGAAAGAAUAUGGCACAUUUCCUGAUUUUAGGAAUACACGGAGAGACGGAACAAACCUAAGAAGACAAUAGAAAUUGUUAAUAUGACACUUCCUCUGUAUAACAAUGCAGAUUUGGGCUCCCGGCAAAAAGCUUCAUGUCGCUCAUAACA